UCCAUCAUCUACUACUUCUACAACAAAUCUCUUAAAUUAAUACUCCAUUACAAAUUAAUUAAUUAAUAAAAUCUCCAUCCAUCAAUGGCAAGCACAAUUCAAAACAACAACCUUCUUAAUUUCUCAUCCUCAAAGAAAAGAAUGACCCCAGAUGACUCAUCAAACCACGAAGACGAUUUCAUCGCCAAAAAACCACCAACAAAACCAAAUUGGGAAGACCCUGCAUCCGCUCUGGCGAAUGCCCGACAUGAAUUUGGAGAGCAUGGCGGCGUUAACAUGUCUAUUGAAGCUUCUGCCACCUUCACCGUCAUGGAACCUGAAACCCUCGGCCGCAUGUUCGCAGGAGAGCUAGGCCCCGACCGUGAUUUUUUCAUCUACAGCCGCCAUUUUAAUCCGACGGUUCUUAACCUCGGACGUCAGAUGGCGGCUCUAGAAGGGACAGAGGCAGCAUACUGCACUUCUAGUGGCAUGUCUGCCAUCUCAUCAGUGUUGUUGCAAUUAGUCAGUAGUGGGGAUCAUAUAGUGGCGUGUCAAACCCUUUAUGGCGGAACUCACGCCCUUCUCACUCAUUUUCUUCCAAGAUCCUCCAACAUAACCACCACGUUCGUUGACAUACGGGAUUUGGAGCAAACAAAGGAGGCAAUAAUCGAAGGUCGUACAAAAGUUUUAUAUUUCGAAUCCAUGUCAAACCCGACUUUGACAGUGGCUAAUAUUCCCGAGCUUGCAAGGAUAGCCCAUGAGAAGGGCGUGACAGUUGUGGUCGAUAACACGUUUGCGCCUAUGGUGCUUUCGCCAGCAAGACUUGGUGCCGAUGUCGUUGUACAUAGUAUUUCUAAGUACAUUAGCGGCGGGGCCGACAUAAUUGCUGGGGCUGUUUGUGGGCCAGCUAGUUUGGUGAACUCACUCAUGGACCUUCACCAAGGGGCUUUCAUGUUACUAGGUCCAACAAUGAACGCCAAGGUAGCAUUCGAGUUGUCGGAAAGAAUCCCUCACUUGGGCCUCCGCGUCAAGGAGCAUUGCCACCGGGCUUUGGUAUAUGCCCAAAGAAUGAAGAAAAUGGGACUCAAGGUCAUAUACCCGGGCCUAGAAGAUCACCCUGAUCACCAUCUCUUGAAGUCCAUUUCAAAUAAGGAGUAUGGAUUCGGUGGGAUGCUAUGUUUGGACAUGGAGACCGAAGCUAAGGCCAACAAAUUGAUGAAUCUCUUGCAGAACCAGACUCAAUUUGGGCUCAUGGCAGUUAGUUUGGGCUACUAUGAGACCCUCAUGUCUUGUUCGGGUAGUAGUACAAGCAGUGAAUUGAACGAAGAAGAGCAGGCAUUGGCUGGAAUCUCGCCUGGUUUGGUUAGGAUGUCGGUUGGCUACAGUGGGACCGUGGAACAAAGGUGGGGCCAGUUUGAGAAGGCGCUUUCGAGGCUCCAAGAUUCAGGAUUGUUAUCUAAGAAUUGAAUGAUGAUGUGAUGUAAACAAUGUGGGUUCUUAAUUAGUAAUGCUAUUGUUGUUUCUGUGUUGGACUGUA